GCCAUGCAGUUACUCAAGUACAGGACACGGGCACACUUCAUACAUCAAGUAAUAUAUUGAUCUCAGGUUAAGAUGGGAAACGUCUGCUGUAAAUGCAAAUGCAUCGAAGAAAGACAAUUCAGAAAACAAUAUCAAUUAUUCCUGAAGGCUUUUGAAGAACGUGAGCAAAAGUUACAAGGGUACGUGAAGGAAAUUGAAGAAGUGGCAGGUUCUUUAGAAGAAAUCCAGAAGAAUAUUGAUAACACAAUUGACCAGGGAGCAAAAGCCCAGGUGUUAGGGGGAGUCUUAACUGCUGCUGGCAUAGCUUUGUCCCCCUUCACUGGUGGUUUAAGUCUUGCAGUUAGUGCGGCUGGAAAAGCAAUGGAUGCUGUAGGGGCAGCAAAAGGAAAUGCAGCAAAUGCAGAUGUAACACGUUACAAAAAAGAAGAGAAGCGAGUGAACAAGCUGUUGGAGAAUUACAAAUUAACCAUGGAAGAGUGCUAUAAUAAUUUUAAAGAUCGAGAGAAAGCAGCAAAGCGGUUAAAUAGGAAAAGUGUGAGGUACACUCAGUCAAAUAACGGUGAAAGUCUGACCUAUGAAAACAAAUUUCCUGAGUUAAACGAAUCUGCAGUAGAAUACAGAGAAUCGGGAGGCGAUCUCUCCAGCGCCAAACGCCUCGCCGAAGCUCUCCAUUCCACUGGCGAAGUAUACAGCAGAUACCAAAUGCAAAUGUCCCUAGGAGAUAACUCCAUCCUUGACGUAGUUAGAGAAAUAAGGGACAGAGUCGUCGUACUGAAGGAUGAGCUGAACAACUACAGAAACCUGUGUGAUGAGAUGCACUGCAAAAAGCAACCUUCAAAAAGUCAGGCUUGUCAUGAAGAAUCCCCACAAGGGAGCAGGCAGCAGGCUGACUCUGACUGACUUUGUCUGUGACUUUCUUUUAAUAACCCCCUCUGGACCCACCAGCAGUUUAUUUUCUUCAGGGUUACUGCUGGCUGGAACUUUUAUUUUCUUCUGUUCUGUUGGCCACUUUAAUCACAACAAUAACAUUAAUCACUUUCAUUGUUAGGAUGCUUUAAUAUUAAUCUGCCUUAUUAUGUGUUUAAACUAAUGUAUAUUUUAUUAUGUGGGUGUUUGGUAAAUUGUGAAGUUUGCUGUUGUAUUUUACCUUUGAACUCAUUACAGCACUUUCAGUCUGAACAUAGUGAAGAGUGUUAUAACAAAAUAAAUUCAUUUGACUUGAAAAAA